AUGGAAAGCCCACCUUACCUUGAUAUUCUCGUCGAGGAGGAUCGUGGGCGAUAUCUUGAAUUACGAAAUAAUCUCUGCUCCGACAAAAUGAGAUAUCAACGUUUUAGGAGAACAGAUACAUUCGACUUAAUCUUAGAAGAAAUCCACAAAUUUUGUAUUAGAAACGACAGUGAUGACUGGAAGAGAUGCCUAGUAUGUGGCGUCUGUUGGUUAAGCAGUUACAUAGGUAUUAACGUUAAACAAUUACGCAUCUUGACUGACAAGUCUAAAUCAAAUAUUAAUGGUGUUCUUGCCAAACUCGGAUACGUACAGGUACAAAAUACACAGCAUAAAAAGGAAUUAAUUGAAGCCAUCCCAUUUUUAAAGGGAAAUUACCUUGAGCAACGCUUUUGGACCAUCCGAUCCAAUCCAAUCAACACACCAUGCUAUUCAAGUGGUUCGGACUCGGCCUCAAGUCCUGAAAUGGCAUCAAGUCCCGAGACCACAUCAAUUCCUGAAGUUAAUUACUCUCAGACCCCACAACCAAUUAUCCCAAGAAACUUAGUUGGUAUUUCAGCUGACCCUAAUGUAUAUGACAUGCCUAACCUUUUCAACGUACUUGACUUGAAAAUUAGAGAUGGAGCUGUCUGUGGUCUUGAACCCAGCGAGAUCGAUUUCUUUGCAGAUCCUGUUUGCUGCUGUCCUGCUGGAUGGAUCAUUCCAUCAAUUUCUUCUCAGGAAUUAUUAUCUUAUGGAUAG